GUGGACCUCUUCAAAAAGACCCUCCUGUUAAUUCCCAUCCAUCUGGAAGUCCACUGGUCCCUCAUUACUGUGAAUCUCCCGAACCGCAUUAUUUCGUUCUACGACUCUCAAGGCAUUCAUUUUAAGUUCUGCGUAGAGAACAUCCGGAAAUACUUGCUGACAGAAGCUAAAGAGAAGAAUCAGCCUGAGUUCCUUCAGGGUUGGCAGACUGCUGUUACAAAGUGCAUUCCGCAACAGAAAAACGAUAGCGACUGUGGAGUCUUUGUGCUCCAGUACUGCAAGUGCCUCGCCUUAGACCAGCCUUUUCAGUUCUCACAGGAAGACAUGCCUCGAGUGCGGAAAAGGAUUUACAAAGAGCUCUGCGAAUGCCGACUAAUAGACUGAAUUAAGGAGGGGAGGAAAGGAGAAAAAGAAAGCAGCAUACCAACAGCGGCCACCAGAAACCGCCCCGCGACUCCCUUGGCAUUUUGUAGAGCCCCCAGCUUGAUAACUUGUGUACUUGAAUAUUUUUUUUUGAAGAAAAAAAAAAGACUUCCAUGGAUUUCAAGCACGUCUUGGGCUGAACCGGUGUGGCCAGCGUAAUUA